UGCAAAUACGAUAACUUCAUGCUCGAGCCGGAGGAAGGUGCUGCGAGCUGCGGCGCCGACCAGCCUGCGUGCUGGCUCCUGGAACCAGCGGACUGGGUUCGCCGCCGCCGCUCCAGAGGCAGCGCGUAUCACGACCCCACCCACCCUCCGUGCCCACAACAGGGAAAAGCCAAGACCGAUUGACGCUGAAGGAGCUGGAGAAAGGCGGCUGGUGGGGUGGUUGGGUGGGUGGUGGUCGAACAUCCAUCCCCGUGGCCGGCCGUUCCCCAUCUCCUUCCCAAAUCGAUGGUCAAACCUCCUCCGCCUUCUCCUCCUUCCUGAUCCCCGACCACCGUCCCCACCCAUGUCCCGCCGUCUCUCCCUCCUCCUCCUCGCCUUCUCCAUCCUCUUCCCCGCCACGCUCCUCGCCCAGCCCACAACGCCGCCGCAGCAGUGCCCGCUAAACUUCACCGCUCUGCGCCCCUUCCUCGCUCCGCCGCUCCCCUCCGACGACGCCUCCCGCUGCGCCUUCGCGCUCCAGUCCGUCAGGCUCCUCCUCUCCCUCCACCUCGCCGCCACUGGCUCCUUCCUCGUCCCCGCCUCCUCCUCCUGCCUCCCGCCGCUCCGCGACGCGCUCCCCUUUCCGCUCCCUCCGCCCGAUGCCUGCGGCCUCGCGGGCAUCGAUGCGCUCCUCUCCGCUCCUGGAUGCGCCAACAUCUCCACGCGAGCGGAUUUCGACGCCCGAGUGCCUGCCUCCGCCCGCAGGGACAUCAACGCCAGCUGCUACCGCGAGCUCGGCGCCGUUCCGGUCUGCACCACCUGCACGACCUCGCUCAGCAAGACGGCUGCAGCCUACCUCCUACCUGGAUCCCCCGACGGGGGAAACAAUGUCACCGGCUGCGUCCAGUACCCCUUCAUAUACACCGGCGCCGCGGCCAGCCUACGCGGCCCCGACGACCCGGACACAGCCAACUGCCUCUACCUCCUUAAGGCCAACUCUGAACCCUCCAAAGGGUCCGGCGCCCCUGCCUGGCUCUACGGCGUCGUCUUCGGAUGUGUCGCCUUUGUACUGCUAGUUGCCGCCGCGGCUGGUUCGUGCUUCUUUGUGCGGCGACGCCGGAGGCGGGCUGCCGCUGCCGCACUGGCUGCUGACAGUAGGAGCAAGCGCUCGCAUGCCAUGGAGUCCAUCACCGCCAGCACCACCUUGCUCAAGUUCACCUACGACGACAUCAAGAUGGCCACGGGGAGCUUUGCUAGAGACAGCAUCAUCGGCCGCGGCGGGUUCGGAAAUGUGUACAAGGGGGUGCUCCCGGAUGGCGCAGAGGUGGCAGUGAAGCGCUUCAAGAACUGCUCGGCAGCCGGGGAUGCCGCGUUCGCGCAUGAGGUGGAAGUGGUGGCCAGCGUGCGCCAUGUCAACCUGGUCGCGCUCCGUGGCUACUGCAUCGCCGCCACGCAGAGAGAGGGCCACCAGCGGAUGAUUGUGUGCGACCUCAUGCAUAAUGGCAGCCUCCACGACCACCUCUUCGGCGCCGGGGAGUGCCAGAUGGCGUGGCCAGUGAGGCAGAGGAUUGCCAUUGGGAUGGCACGGGGCCUGUCCUACCUGCACCGUGGCACACAGCCAGCCAUCAUUCACAGGGACAUCAAGGCAAGCAACAUCUUGCUUGAUGACGAUUUUGAGGCGAAGGUGGCCGAUUUUGGAUUGGCCAAGUUUGCGCCAGAAGGGAUGACACACGUGAGCACAAGGGUUGCUGGCACAAUGGGAUAUGUCGCUCCAGAGUAUGCCCUCUAUGGCCAGUUAACUGAGAAGAGUGAUGUCUACAGCUUCGGAGUUGUGCUUCUUGAGCUUAUGAGUGGGAAGAGAGCAUUCAUGUCUCUCAGUGAGGGAGAGAGCUUCGUGCUUGCUGAUUGGGCUUGGUCGUUGGUGCGGAGGGGGAAGACGCUGGAUGUGAUCCAGGAAGGAAUGGCUGAACCUGGUCCUACUAAGGUCAUGGAGAAGUAUGUGCUUGUCGCGGCACUCUGCACACAUCCGCAGCUGCAUGCCAGGCCAACAAUGGAGCAAGUGGUGAAGAUACUAGAAGCAGAUUCAGCACCAGGGCCUUUAAUCAUUCCGGACAGGCCUCUCCCUGUUGUUGCAAACCUGGCCGAUAUUGAGAGGUCAGUGAGCAGCAGCACCGGCUCAGGUCAGCUGUUCAGUCCCUCUGGCUUCCGGUCUUUUAUUCAUAGAGACGAGGAUGCUACACCGGAAUCUCCAAAGGAAACAUAACAUUUUGUUUCACAGUUGCAAUUUAAUGUCUAUCAUCUUUGUUUUGUUAGCUUGAUUUUAUUUCUUGGAUUACACAUUGCAGGCAGCUAUUGUAGAUGAUAACAUGUAUUUUUGCUCUCACAGGAAAUAUAUGAUUCUGCGUGACAGUUCAAUUCUUUUAAA